AUUGAUUUACUAAAAUGAAGUUGAUAUUGGUGAUAGCGGGUGUUUUUCUCACGAUCAUUGCAUACACCCAGGCGUUCAACUUUCCAACACUAGAGAAGGAUAAAUCCACAAAUGAAACACCGCCGUUUGUGAAGGUCCUAAAGAAAUUGCAUCAAGGACCAGCAAAGGCAACUGGGUUUGCUAACCGAGCCCAGGUUACAACGGAAUGGAUUACACAAAAAUUGGAUCAUUUCGAUAGCACGCAAACGGAAACAUGGCAAAUGCGUUAUAUGAUCAAUGAUGAGUUCUUUAAGCCCGGUGGUCCCAUGUUCAUUUAUGUGGGCGGCGAAUGGGAGAUCAAUGCCAGUGGUAUAACAUAUGGAAUUUUUGUCGAUUUGGCAAAGGAGCACAAUGGCAUGCUCUUCUACACCGAACAACGUUAUUAUGGUGAAAGUAGGCCCACUUUAGAUCUGCGUUUGGAAAACCUCAAGUAUAUGAGUGUUAAACAGUCGUUGGCUGAUUUAGCCCAUUUUAUAGAAUACCAACGAGAGACUGUAGACGAACUGGCCAAUUCCAAAGUUAUUAUGGCUGGAGCUUCGUAUGCCGCCACUAUGGUGGUGUGGUUCAAGAAACUCUAUCCCCAAUUGCUAAAUGGUGGCUGGGCCUCUUCGGCUCCUUUAAUGGCGAAAGUCAACUUUCUCGAAUUCAUGGAAGUAACGGCCAAAGCCUGGCAUCUUUUGGGCGGCGAAGAAUGUUAUCAGCACAUAGAAAAUGCCUUUCUGCAAUACGAUGAAAUGGCUAAGAAUAAACGAGGCGCCGAGCUGAAGGCCAUACUGAAAUUGUGCAAUGAGUUUGAUGUUUAUAAUGACUUGGAUGUAUGGACGUUAUUCAGUAUAUUGGGAAUGGGUAUUUUUGGAGGAUUGGCCCAAUAUCAAAAAGAUAAUGACAUCAGCAUGUAUUGUAACUAUUUCAUGAGUUUUGGGGACGAUGUAAGUGCCUUAGCCAAUUUUUUGUUUUUGGCCUUUGGAUUAAGCGAAGGGUGUAUUGAUGCCACCUACAAGAAUGUUUUAACCUUCCAUAUGGAUACUUCGUAUGCCAAUGAAUGGGCCCGUCCUUUCUUUUAUCAGGCCUGCAAUGAAUUGGGUUGGUUCCAUACCUCAGACUCCAAAAAUCAACCCUUCAGCAGAAACUUUCCCUUGGAACUGUCUAUGGCCUUGUGUCGUGAUAUUUUCGGUUCCCUAUAUUCUCAGUCAAAUAUCCAUCAAUUGGUGGAAGCCACGAAUGACGUUUUUGGUGGUUUGGAUCCCCAAGUGGAAAAUAUUUAUAUGACUCAUGGCUCUUUGGAUCCUUGGAGCAUUUUGGGUCAUGGUGAACUAGAGGGUGCUACAAUUUUGCCAAAUGCUUCACAUUGCCAAGAUUUUGAUUCCAUUAGUCCUUCGGAUAGUCCCGAAAUGCGAAGGUCAAAGGAACGUCUGGCAGAGUUGGUGCGGGAGUGGUUAGCUGAUUGA